GCUAGGUAUUUUCUGUUGUAGAUAAUAUAUCAUAUUUGGACUCCAUGCAUUGCAUUAUAUCUCCAUAUUUCCUCUGCUCAAAUUCCAAGUUCCAUAUCUCUCUCUCUCUCAAUCCAACAGGUUUGGUGGGAUUAAAAAAUUUGGAAAUCUUACUUUUGGUUUAGCUGCUGGAGUAUAUGAAUUUGAUGUCAUCUUUUGAAGGCUGACGAGCACUUGAUGACCUUGACCAUAUGGGAGAAUUCAGAGAGGAGCAGGCUUUGUCCAGAACAUCCAACAUGAAUCAAGCAGGAACAAUCAAGAGAAGAUGGGUAGAAGCAUCACCAAUCAAAGAGAAUGAAUUGGCGCAUAAGAAUAAAUUUCCUCCAGCUUCAGAAUCUACAGAGUUAGAAAAUGCAGGCAGUUGCUUGUUUUGCAUGAGUAAAAAUGGUUGCACAACUGUCCGAUCAAGGACAAAACUAAUGAACAUUCUGAUAGAAAAAGGAAAACCCCAAGAAGCAGAAUCCAUUUUUGAUAGUUUAAUUGGGGGAGGGCAUAAACCAUCUCUAAUAACAUACACAACUCUCUUGGCUGCCUUGACUUCGCAGAAGCGUUUCAACUCCAUACAUUCGAUUAUCUCACAGGUGGAAGAAAAUGGUAUGAAGCCUGAUUCAAUAUUUUUUAAUGCUGUUAUAAAUGCUUUUUCCGAGUCUGGUAACAUUGAGGAAGCCAUGAGGACCUUUUGGAAGAUGAAGGGGAAUGGAAUGAAACCUACCACUAGCACUUAUAACACUUUAAUCAAAGGAUAUGGCAUUGCUGGUAAACCUGAAGAAUCUGCUAAACUGGUAGAUCUUAUGUCCCGAGAGGAAUAUGUGAAACCCAAUCUUAGGACAUAUAAUGUUCUCGUCAGAGCAUGGUGUAACAAGAACAUUGCAGAGGCGUGGAAUGUGGUGCAUAAGAUGGUAGUUUCUGGAAGGCAACCUGAUGUAGUUACUUACAACACCAUAGCAACAGCUUAUGUUCGAAAUGAAGAGACAAAUCUGGCUGAAGAGAUGAUCUCAGAAAUGCAGAACACUGGUGUGCAACCCAAUGAGCGAACUUGCGGAACUGUUAUAAGUGGAUACUGUAAAGAAGGAAGAAUAAAGGAGGCAUUAAGGUUUGUGCACAGGAUGAAGGAACUUGGAGUGCAUCCUAAUCUUGUUGUUUUCAACUCGCUAAUCAAAGGCUUUGUAGACAUUAUGGAUAGAAAUGGGGUUGAUGAGGUUCUCAAGUUGAUGGAGGAAUUCAAUGUCAAACCAGAUGUUAUAACAUUUAGCACUAUCAUGAAUGCAUGGAGCAAAGCAGGAUAUAUGAACAAGUGCAGGGAAAUCUUUGAUGACAUGAUGAAGGCUGGAAUUCAACCUGAUGGACAUGCAUACAGCAUCCUUGCUAAAGGUUAUGUACGUGCGCAGGAACCUGAGAAAGCUGAACAACUCCUGACAACCAUGAUGGAAUCAGGAUUCCAUCCAAAUGUCGUGAUUUUCACAACUGUUAUCAGUGGAUGGUGCAGUACCGACAGAAUGGACUGUGCAAUUAGAGUUUUCGACAAGAUGUGUGAAUAUGGAAUUUCUCCAAAUUUGAAGACUUUUGAGACAUUAAUUGGAGGAUUUAGUGAAGCCAAACAGCCAUGGAAAGCAGAAGAUAUUCUCCAGAUUAUGAGAGAGUACAACGUAGAGCCUAAGAAAUCCACCAUGCUGCUAGUUGCAGAAGCAUGGGGUUCCAUUGGAUUGACAAAAGAGGUGAACAGAAUUCUUAACACCAUAAAUCGAAAUAAAAAAGAUUCAGCUGAAGAAGACGUACCAGUUGAAAGUCUAGAGAAACUGUAUCAAAAGGAAAACACAAGCUUUUCAUAUUCCAAUUACUUACAGAUACCGAAUACAGUUAUAAAUGAACAGAAAGGGUCCACUGCAUGCCUUAAAAAGGGUAGGAUGGUGCUGAGAGAUACAGACUUUUCCAUGGAGUACUCUUGGCUUGCUACAAAGUCCUUGUGUCUUUCACAUACUUGUAAACUUGGGGCAAGGUUACCAAUUAUUUGCUAUAAGCAGUUUCAAGGGCAGCAUGGGAUUUAUGGUCCGCUUGCACAGUCAUGUACAGCGGUGUUCUUGAACUGAAAAGAAAGAAAUUGUCAUUGUUAAUCUUUAUUUCUUUUUCUUCUUUUAUGUAUCUACAUUCUCAAAAGAAUUCGACAUCAAUUUGUUGUACAUAGCAAAAGGAGUUGUUGGUAUCACCAAAUUGUCUUUUCUUCA